GAACGUUUUAUCUCACCGAAACAAAAAUGGCGUACUUUGGUUGAACGUCAAUAUAGAAAAAUGUUUAAAGAGUAAAUAAAAAUGUUUUCGUCGUAUUAUCAUGUAUUGUUAUGUGUUAUUUCGUUUACGUUUUGCCCAAUAACAUGUACAUCAGACCUGCUCCCUCCGCCGCCCUCCCUCAUGCUGUACAGUCUCGGCGAGCCGGGCUACACCGACGUGCUAGUGAAAAGGGUCCACGACAACUUAACGCUUGUGUGCGAGCUGAAGGGCGAAAUAGCCUCCAGGAACUAUGUGUGGAAUUAUAUACCUAGAAAUACUAGCAUGCCUUCCAGCCAGUACUUCACGGAGCCAUGGGAGUCGAAGAGUAAGUUGACGAAGGUAGAUCUGCAGGUGUCGGACAGCGGGCAGUACAUGUGCUCCGCGCCGCCCUUCAGCGUCACCAAGUACAUACUCGUGCAGACCAGGGGUCCGCUGCAGUGCGCGCGCGGCGCGUUCUGGUGCGGGUCGCGGUGCGUGCUGCCCGCCUACGUGUGCGACGGCCGCACCGACUGCCUGCGCGGCGAGGACGAGCACGUCGCCAUGUGCGCCGAGCGCGUCUGCUCGCGGAGCGACAAGCUGAACUGCUCCAGCGGCCGGUGCAUCUCGGAGGCGGCAUGUUGUCGCAGCGCCAGCCCGCUGUGCCAGCAGCCCGACUGCUGCAACGAGUACCCGAGAUACUCGCGGUUAGAAGGAUACGUGGACGUGGAGUUCCCGCCGCAGUUCGAGGAUCGUCAUGCACCGGACGAUUACGGUUUCAUUCAGUCAACUAUAUACACUGUCACGGCGUGCGCGUUGAUCUUCAUGAUCGCGGUGGUGCUGCUGGUGUCCGCCAUCUGCAAGAUGCACAUGAAGCGCGCGGCGCUGCGCAGCUACGCGCACGCAGAGCGCGCCACCAGCCGCCACUACAGCGCGCACUACGCCGCCUACGCGCAGGCUCGGUACCCGCCGCGCUACGAGUCGUCGCGCCUGCUGCACGAGGAGGGCGCGGACCCGCCCGCAGACGCACAGGACGCCAGCUCACCCGCCAGGACUCCGCUGCAGUGUAACGUGGAGUGUCCGCCGGCACCGCCCGCCGCCCCCGAGCCGGAGCCGCGGCCCGGGGGCUUCGGCCUCGCCAGACUCACCGCUAUAUUCUCCUCCCGGUACAGACCUGUACCGACCCAGCCAACCGACGUGGAGAUGACUAACGUGCGCUCAUCAUCCCUCAACAACUCGCCAACCCGGGGCCAGUUGCAGAACUACAGGAGUCCCACCUACUGCGACCUCAACUCGGAGUUCUUCUUCGCCAACCCAGAGACCCCGGAUUCCGGCAGGGAUCUCAACUACCACGCGACGCCCGUCGACUACUUCCGGAGAAGGGCCAUGAGGAGGAACACCUUGGAGAGGGUCAUGGAUCAAAUUGACCGACAACGUCUCACCCUGCAACUAGGUAGGUUUCAGUUCACGUUGCCUAGCUUUAGCCGAGACAGGCGGCCCGACACGCCCAAUGUCGCCGAGAUUAACAUCAAUGACCUAGAUUUCGUAAGGCUAAACUCGACGGACACUUACACGCUAAAUGGCAGAACUAUUAGGCUCCUAGGGGCUGAUUUUGAGAAUUACCCCGUCAUGCCCGACGGGUCUGUCCGACCCCCGCCGUAUACGGAAGCGAUGAGGUACAAGCUGUACGGACCGCCGCCGGAGUACUUGAGCAGGGAAGGGUUGAACCGCGAGGCGAGGGUUGACGAGGAGGCGCGGAACAACGUCGAAAUGCCACCAUGCUACGACGACUUGGCUUCAGGCGGCAGCAACACUGGCAUGACUGGUAACGAUAACAAUAACACUGUUACCACCAAUGACAACGCUAAUAAUAACGUCGAUACUGGUGUAACGUUGGACAACGCCAAUAAUAAUAACGAAAAUACUAGUUUGAACAUAACUAAUCUGAAUUCGGGUAUAGACGAUCUACCUGCUAUCGACUGUGAUGCCAACGCGAACGAAACGGUUACAAUAACGGGUGUGCACAACGUUUUAGACAACGCGCUAUUACGUAAUAACGAAACGGUUGGUUAAAAUAACUGUUAUAAAUAACACAUUGAAUAGCAGCUAUUUCUAUGUACUUUACACUUGUAAUAACAGUGCCUUAGACAUAUAGUUAUAUUUUAAAUAAAUAAAUAGGAAAAAAAUGUUACAAAAUACUUUAAUUGUAUUUUCUGUUAUCAUAUCAAGUUUUUUUGGUAAUGGAAUGGUUUAAAAUAAUACAAUGUUAUUUAAAUAUGUGUGAUUGCAACUUAACAAAAUUAACUCAGAUAUUCUGUUUUCGUUAAAUUGUAUCUCCCUCCUUAAUACCCUUCCUUCUUUAAAGGUCUGCAGCUCACAGUUCCUCUAGCGCGUAGCGUUGACAUAAUGUUCCAGGAAGGCAGCUAGUAGUUUAUUUUUGUUAAGUUGUGGGCCCACAUACAGUUGGUAUUGGCUUAAAAUUGUACUUACUCCUCACACAACACUUAGCUAUACUAUGAGAGGACGUGGUUUGGUGAUCGGGGGGUUUACAUGAAAUACGUGAUUAUUAUUAUGACAAAGCGCAUAAAUACUGCAUUAUAUAAAUAAUGGCAGCUAAUAUUAGACAAAAAAGUGUUAGUGAAACUAUUACAGUUCUAUUAGAAUAGGACUUGUUUACGGAUAAUUUGUUCACAACCCUAUUGAAAUACGUGUUGUUGACAUAACUGGAUUACGGGAACUAGGAGACUUACCGUUUUCAAUAAAAUAUCCCAAUUUCAAUGCGCAAUCCAAUUCCAUGAAUAAACCAAUGACAAUAACACAUUUGUAAGCAUGCGAAAAAAAGCUUUGUUCUGAUUGGUCCAUUUUUGAGAUAGAUCGAAAGAAGGGAUUGGGAUAGUUUGUUGGAUAUGGUGGUUAGAGCCUGUAGAUAUGCCUUCGAUCUUGUAAUCUAUCUUGUUCCCCCCGCCCGCCACACCGCGCCGCGUCUCGCGACUCCUAUUUUUCUACCACGAGAGCACUUAGCCAAUUUGAUGUUGCCAUGUUAGCAUAAUUAUAAUUAAAUAUAGGACAAUAGUGAUACUCAUUACUUGUAAAUAUUUAUUAUUUCUAAAGGUUUAGGUGUACUUUGUUGUUGUAUUUUUUCGAUUUUGUUGCGUGUUUGAAAUGUUUAGGGACCGUGGUAGGGGCACUGAAGCAACAAAAAUAUAUUCCUUUCUUCAAAGUAUGAAUAUAAAUACAUAGUACUGAGUUUAUUAGAAAUUUUAAAAAUUGUCUAAAUUGUAUCACCUUUUAGUUCUGUCCCUUUAUAGAGCAUUAGCCUCUUUUUAGGCUAGCAAUAAUAAGAAUCUCCCCAAAAAGACCCACAAUGCAAAACUGAGUAUUACAUGACAUUUCUAUACAAAAAUUCACGCCCCUACGUUUGCCUUCAGCCCCCUACAACCGGUUUCAACGUCGAUACUUUACUAUACGUAACAAAAUGGGAGGCACAUAGUUUAGAUGUUGCGUCACAUUAAUUGCACGCGUAUUUUAAAUAACUAUACCUUUAUUAGUCUACAAAAUUCACGCACAAAAGCUUUGGCGACCGCCGUGCAGGGCGGGGCUCUGUUACGACCGGACUCUAUUACGAAAUGUAUUAUUGCAAUUUGUUUAACUACAUGAAUAUAUUUAAAAUGAAAGCUUUUUUUUCACGUAAGAGUGAUGAAUCGGCAGCUUCAUGGAACCUGGUUUAAGUGAGGAGCAACUAAAUUCCCCAUUUUGUUUUUCUCAAAGGUCGACGAGGCACUGAUAUUUCUUAAGGAAUAUCUUUAUUGGAUGGUGAUAACUUACCACGAGUACACAUUAAAGUAUUUGUCGGCUUUUGCCCUCGCUCUGCACGACCACGUCGCAAAAGUUUUAUGCUUCUAUAUUUUAAAUCUUACAACCGAAAUUCAGGGUCAGAAACGCGGAAUGGAAAAUAUUUAGUGUAAUAACUGUUUUUAAUUAUAUUGUUACUAUUCUUAUGUAUUAUAAUAAUUGGUAAAAAUAUUAUUUUACAGUAUUGAUAAAAAUAUAAAUUAACAUCUGUUUGAUGUUCCUUGUUCCACUCGCGGAUUCAAAACGAUAUACUUAGUUUUUUUGCAGAGAUCUUGAUUUGUUUAUAUUAUUUAUGAUCCGAAAAUACAAAAAAAAAUAACAGUAACAGUACAAAAGAAUUUAUGUAAGUCACCUUAAAAAUAGGAACACAGAUUGUAUCUUUUACUCUAAAUGGUUAUAUCUUUAUUCCUAGACUGUAAUGCUGGUUUUUAUCAACAUAUUUAAUUUAGGUUGUCCAACCAAAUCAAAGGUAUAUCGCAAAUUGCAACUCAAUACAUUAAGGAUCACAGUUUGUUGACCGUUAUAUGUUAUAUAAUGUUGGUAAAAACUGGCAACAAUCUGAUGAAAUGUUUAAUAAAAUAGCACUAUUUUAUCUAGCUCCUUGCCUUAGAUUUUAGUUUAGAGGAACCGAUUUGAAGGUCACACUCUUUAAAUUAUUGGUCACAAGGGAAAUUAACCACAUUAUGUCAAGUAUUAACUGUAUUCUGUAUUAACGUGUAGUUGAUGGCCGUCUCUCAAGGGUUAGGUGUAGGGACAAAUUUGUAUGUUGGUGUAUUUUAUUCCGCUUUUUCUGAUGGCGUUGCAAAAGAUCUAACCUUCAAACUCGGUUUCAAUGUAAAUAAAUGUUAUCUACCUCUGAAUGAAUACUGAAACUUGGCCGACCAAAUAUCAUAACACUUAGUGAAACAUCUCCUUGUUAUUCUGAAUGCUUUGAUUUAUUGCUAGUACCUGUAGAGCGUCACCCGGUGACGGUCGUGGUGACUCGCACGAGACGGUAGUAAUGACUUAUAUGAGCAACUGUUAGGACAACGUGAAAUAUGCUUGAAUUCGAAACGGUAAGAAUUUUGAAUUACACGCUUGUCUCGUUUAGUUAUAUAAUAAUAUAUGAAAAUGAUGAAGAUCUUGAAUUCUUCAUAAGUUUGACAGUUGAUUACAGUUUUUUACCGAAACUAUUAUUACUAUUUCUCAUUAAUGAGUAAUGACGUAACAGGACGUUAAAAAUGUUGCAGAAAAAACAUAGCUAGUGUUGUAGCGUUCGAUAAUUUGGCUCUCCAACUAUGAUCAAGAUCUGAAUGAUCAAGAAUCAAGAAUCUGGUUCACAUUUCAGAAUUUUUCAUAAGCAUAAAAUGUUUUGUGAAUAUAUGUCUGCGAAACAGUCGAGUUACACAGAUUAUAAAACUGUUUUGUGAUUCCGACUUGUGGUUUCAUAAAUCUCAGUAUGUGUGUAUUUUGUUUUUCUCUUACUACGCGAAAGCGUUUUAUGUAAUUUUUUCGAAGAAAUUAUAUGAUGUAUCACGUACAAAGUUGUAAAGAUGAAACCGAAUUGUUUCUGUAUGUAUAUUUGUAGUCAAGACAUCGAGUGAGAGGGUAGCGGAUACAUACAGGUUUUGUACGCGGUAGUAAAUUAUAGUGGCGCGCUCCGAGGUUACACAAUAUGAUUGUAUAUUAGGGGAGAGACAUCUUCUCUGUUAUAUUUGGAACUGUUAUGUACUAUCAAUAAGGAUAACUUGUUGCUCGGGGAGUUGAUUUUUUCUUCUUUCAUUAAACAUCUUGCAACUUGUUACUACAUACAUAAACAAAUCGGUUUCGGAAGGUUAUCAGAAACAAGUAUAUCAUACGCCACAUUUACUUAUUUCAUGUUAAAAUAUUGUUAAACUAGCAUUCUGAUGACAUAUUCUUUAUGACGUUAAUUCUAUAAUCUAUAGAAAUAUUGUAAUCUCUGUCAACACUUCAAACUCUCUCGACACAAAAUUAUGAUUUGACGAAAAUUCAAUGUGAAGUUUAUAAUUGUUACUGAACGACAAUACAUGUUACAGUGGAGUGCCGCGACGUCAUGUCACGUUGCGUCGUCGUUAGACAUCCUCAGAGGAUGGUAGGCUAUGACGGAUAUCAGAAAAAUGAGCAAAAUUAAUAUUAAUUAUAUGUUGUACUUAAUUGAAAGAAAUGUAUUCUUAAAAUAUCACAAGCGUCGAUGUAAUUUCGGCUUUGAACUUUAUACAAUAAUACGACAUAUCAUGUAAACCUAGUGUAUAUAUUGUUAGCUUGAAUCGUGUUGUUGGUCUGAAAGCAACUUACGACUGUCAAUUAUAUAUCUGUAAAAAAAAUAUCAGUAAAGUGAUAUGUAAUUUUGAGUGUCUUGGUGGCGUAGUUGUAAUGAAUACACGGCACGACUACCGCGCUGAGGACCCGAAUUCGAAUCUCAGGUCACGCAAAAACAAUUGUGACUGUUUCCAUCUUAAAAAUUACUCACUCCCAGUUCAGAAUCAGGUGUUGGCGGUGCGAUACCCCUGCGACUCGGGAACCAUAUAAAGCCAUUGGUCCUGCGCCUGAUCUCUCUCCGGUCAUGACGGAUUACUGACUCAUUGCACUAUGUUGAGUUGUUUUGAGACCAACAUAUCGGUUUAGUUGUAAGUACACAGCGCUACAAAAUCAAUAACAGUACAAAUAAAUGGAGUUUCCACGGCCUUGCGUUGCCUUACAGUACUUAGUGUAAGAAUAAACAUGUUCUAGAUA